AGAGAAUUGCGUUCAGUGAAGCGCGGAAGCCGAAUGGCGCCUUGCUACGGCCGCGCCCUGUGGCUGAACUUAGGCCAAUUCCGAGCGAGACCGAGAAACGCGGGGCGGCGGUGGGGGCUGGAAGGGGUCUUCCACUCACUCCAGCCGCAGGACCCCUGCUGCAGCUCGGAGCACGCGCAGCAAUGCAAAUAACACAUUCGAGGAGAGCAGAGGAGGUGGCUAGCCGCAGCUUGGACAGUUGAAACGUCGGAGGGACUACCUUGCAAAUCACAGCCCUUCUAUCAGGAUUCUCAGCUGGGCAUGAUGGAGGCAAAUUUGGAAACCUAAGAGUACCACUUGCCUUCCUCUCUCAUUGCUGCAUCACCAGCCUUUGGUGGUGGUGAAAUAUUCUUUUCAGUUUUCCAAAGCAAGAAAGUAUUUUCUCACAAAAUAGGGUUUUGCUGAAUUCUCAGUUUCCACCCACCUUCCGCCUAACAUUUGUAAAGAAUCGGGCAUGCAGGGUGGGGCCUAUGGGUCAAAAAUAAGUAAAGGUGUUGACUCUUCUAGAGGGCCCACCCAGCAAGUGAGCGCGCGGGACCGAGUCUCCGGAGAGCCAGCGCGGGGCCCUGGUGGCCUGCUGUUCUUCACAUCUCAGGGCAGAGCCUCUCAAAGAGUGGCCUGCAAGGAUCUGAACCACCAGGGGGUGUGAUAAUUGCAGAGUCCCUGGCCUUACCUCAGGCUCCUUAAACCAGAAUCUCUGCGGGUGGGGAAUCGGCAGGUUAUGAGGUACAACCACACGAAAUUGCCUAAAUUCGUCCUUUUGUAACCUACAAAAAUGUCCAUUUCGAUACCUCCAGCUGAUUCCCCUGCACCUUAAAGUUUGAGCAUCGCUGCUUUGGCGUUUUAGAGCCCUUGGACUUGUUCACAAGAGGAAGAGGGAGAAGAGGAGGCUCGAAGGGGGCCUUUAUAGUGGAUACCUGUUUCACUCGGAGCGCAGGGUCUUUGACGCGGGAAGGCAAAGUCUGUCUUUUGGAAAUGGGGAAGUGGGCACACAGCACCUGAGAACAGGAGGGCUCGAGACCUCCCAAAGCGAGCAGGGGGCCUGGUUUGGGAGCUUGCAGUAGCUUCUACCCCAGUGGAAGGGAAAAAGCCUGGCUCGCUCUCGGCGCGCCACACCCGGCUGCCGCGCGCACCUGGGGGGACCGCCAGGUUCGGGGUAGGCGAGCGCGUGAGCGGCACGGGGCUGGCUUCUCCACAUCUCCCGUAGGGCGGGGAUGGGGGAGAGGAGGAGGAGAGAAAGUGGGGGCGUUAUGGGCUUAGGCCUGCCUCCCACCUCCCCACCUCCCGCCUCCGCGGCCACCCUCCGCUCUAUAAUUGGCUGCCGGCGGGCCUUCCUUUCCUCUUAUCUGAUCCUGGGCUCCCAGCUGGAGAGGCGGAGGCAGCUCCAGGAGGCUGGGAGUGGAAGCGCAGCGGGAGGAGAGGGAGAGAGAAAGAAACAGAGGCUAAUUAAAAAAGGAUACUCCGAGGGAACAGAGCAAGGGCGGUGCGCCGCCAAGGACCAACUGGCGGCGGAGCUUCGAUCUUCCCUAGGCGCGGAGAGCUCCCAACCUGGGCUGGAACCUUGCCCAGCACAGGUGGCUGCUACACCCCAUGUAAAAAGCAGAAAAUAAAAUGAAGAUUUUCCAGCGCAAGAUGCGGUACUGGUUGCUUCCACCUUUUUUGGCAAUUGUUUAUUUCUGCACCAUCGUCCAAGGUCAAGUGGCUCCACCCACAAGGUUAAGAUAUAAUGUAAUAUCUCAUGACAGUAUACAGAUUUCAUGGAAGGCUCCAAGAGGGAAAUUUGGUGGUUACAAACUUCUUGUGACUCCAGCUUCAGGUGGAAAAACUAACCAGCUGAAUCUCCAGAACACUGCAACUAAAGCAAUUAUUCAAGGGCUUAUGCCAGACCAGAAUUACACAGUUCAAAUUAUUGCAUACAAUAAAGAUAAAGAAAGCAAGCCAGCUCAAGGCCAAUUCAGAAUUAAAGAUUUAGAAAAAAGAAAGGACCCAAAGCCCAGAGUCAAAGUUGUGGACAGAGGAAAUGGGAGUAGACCAUCAUCACCAGAAGAAGUGAAAUUUGUCUGUCAAACUCCAGCAAUUGCUGACAUUGUAAUCCUGGUCGAUGGUUCAUGGAGUAUUGGAAGAUUCAACUUCAGACUGGUUCGGCUUUUCUUGGAAAACCUGGUUACAGCAUUUGAUGUGGGCUCAGAGAAGACACGAAUUGGUCUCGCACAGUAUAGUGGUGACCCCAGAAUAGAAUGGCACUUGAAUGCAUUUAGCACAAAAGAUGAAGUGAUUGAAGCUGUCCGAAACCUCCCAUAUAAAGGAGGAAAUACACUAACAGGUCUUGCUUUGAACUACAUUUUUGAAAAUAGCUUCAAACCAGAAGCAGGAUCAAGGACUGGAGUAUCCAAAAUUGGCAUUUUAAUCACAGAUGGAAAAUCCCAAGAUGACAUUAUUCCACCAUCUAGAAACCUUCGUGAGUCUGGUGUAGAACUGUUUGCCAUAGGGGUGAAAAACGCGGAUGUGAAUGAGCUGCAGGAGAUCGCCUCCGAACCGGACAGCACUCAUGUGUACAAUGUUGCCGAAUUCGAUCUGAUGCACACAGUUGUGGAGAGUCUGACCAGGACCCUCUGCUCUAGAGUGGAAGAACAGGACAGAGAAAUUAAAGCCUCAGCCCAUGCCAUCACUGGGCCGCCUACGGAGUUGAUUACUUCUGAAGUCACUGCCAGAAGCUUUAUGGUUAACUGGACUCACGCCCCAGGAAAUGUGGAAAAAUACAGAGUUGUGUAUUAUCCUACCAGGGGUGGAAAACCAGACGAGGUGGUGGUAGAUGGAAGUGUAUCUUCCACAGUGUUGAAAAACUUGAUGUCUUUAACUGAGUAUCAGAUAGCAGUCUUUGCAAUCUACGCCCACACUGCUAGUGAAGGCCUACGGGGAACUGAAACCACACUUGCUUUACCCAUGGCUUCUGAGCUUCUACUGUACGAUGUGACUGAGAACAGCAUGCGAGUCAAAUGGGAUGCAGUGCCUGGGGCCUCAGGUUACCUGAUCCUUUAUGCUCCUCUAACAGAGGGCCUGGCUGGGGAUGAAAAAGAGAUGAAAAUUGGAGAGACCCACACGGAUAUUGAAUUGAGUGGGUUGUUGCCCAAUACAGAAUACACAGUCACAGUUUAUGCCAUGUUUGGAGAAGAGGCCAGUGACCCUGUUACGGGACAAGAAACAACAUUGGCUUUAAGUCCACCAAGAAACCUGAGAAUCUCCAAUGUUGGCUCUAACAGUGCUCGAUUAACCUGGGACCCAACUUCAAGACAGAUCAAUGGUUAUCGAAUUGUAUAUAACAAUGCAGAUGGGACUGAAAUCAAUGAGGUUGAAGUCGAUCCUAUUACUACCUUCCCUCUGAAGGGCUUGACACCUCUCACAGAGUAUACUAUUGCUAUUUUCUCCAUCUAUGAUGAAGGACAGUCAGAGCCUCUGACUGGAGUUUUUACCACCGAGGAAGUUCCAGCCCAGCAAUACUUAGAAAUUGAUGAGGUGACGACAGACAGUUUUAGGGUGACCUGGCAUCCCCUCUCAGCUGAUGAAGGGCUACACAAAUUGAUGUGGAUUCCAGUCUAUGGGGGGAAGACCGAGGAGGUUGUCCUGAAAGAAGAGCAGGACUCACAUGUUAUUGAAGGCCUGGAGCCCGGUACGGAAUAUGAAGUUUCACUAUUGGCCGUACUUGAUGAUGGAAGCGAGAGUGAGGUGGUGACUGCUGUCGGGACCACACUUGACAGUUUUUGGACAGAACCAGCUACAACCAUAGUGCCUACCACACCUGUGACUUCAGUUUUCCAGACGGGAAUCAGAAACCUAGUUGUAGGUGAUGAAACCACUUCUAGCCUGCGGGUAAAAUGGGACAUUUCUGACAGCGAUGUGCAGCAGUUUAGGGUGACCUACAUGACAGCUCAAGGGGACCCUGAGGAAGAAGUCGUAGGAACGGUUAUGGUGCCUGGAAGCCAGAACAUACUCCUUCUGAAGCCUCUGCUUCCUGAUACUGAAUACAAAGUCACAGUGACUCCCAUCUACACGGAUGGAGAAGGCGUCAGCGUCUCCGCUCCUGGAAAAACCUUGCCAUCCUCGGGGCCCCAGAACUUGCGGGUGUCCGAGGAAUGGUAUAACCGGUUGCGCAUUACGUGGGACCCCCCAUCUUCCCCGGUGAAAGGCUAUAGAAUUGUCUACAAACCUGUCAGUGUUCUUGGUCCAACACUGGAAACGUUUGUGGGAGCUGACAUUAACACCAUUCUUAUCACAAACCUCCUCAGCGGAAUGGACUACAAUGUGAAGAUAUUUGCCUCCCAGGCCUCAGGCUUCAGCGACGCCCUGACAGGCAUGGUGAAAACAUUGUUCUUGGGUGUUACCAAUCUCCAAGCCAAACACGUUGAAAUGACCAGCUUGUGUGCCCACUGGCAGGUACAUCGCCAUGCCACAGCCUAUAGGGUCGUCAUAGAAUCCCUCCAGGAUAGGCAAAAGCAAGAAUCCACUGUGGGUGGAGGGACAACCAGGCAUUGUUUCUAUGGACUUCAGCCUGAUUCUGAAUAUAAAAUCAGUGUUUAUACAAAGCUCCAGGAGAUUGAAGGACCUAGUGUGAGCAUAAUGGAAAAAACACAUUCACUUCCUACACAACCACCAACUUUUCCUCCAACCAUUCCACCAGCAAAAGAAGUAUGUAAGGCGGCCAAGGCUGACCUGGUGUUUAUGGUGGAUGGAUCCUGGAGCAUUGGAGAUGAAAAUUUCAAUAAGAUCAUCAGCUUUCUAUACAGCACUGUUGGAGCCCUGAACAAGAUUGGCACAGAUGGAACCCAAGUUGCAAUGGUUCAGUUCACUGAUGACCCCAGAACAGAAUUUAAACUAAAUGCUUACAAAACCAAAGAGACUCUUCUUGAUGCAAUUAAGCACAUUUCAUACAAAGGAGGAAAUACAAAAACAGGAAAAGCAAUUAAGUAUGUUCGAGAUACCUUGUUCACUGCAGAGUCAGGUACAAGAAGGGGCAUCCCAAAGGUUAUUGUGGUUAUAACUGAUGGAAGAUCACAAGAUGAUGUGAACAAAAUCUCCAGGGAGAUGCAAUUAGAUGGCUAUAGCAUUUUUGCAAUUGGUGUGGCCGAUGCAGAUUACUCAGAGUUGGUUAGCAUUGGCAGUAAGCCCAGCGCACGCCAUGUCUUCUUUGUGGAUGACUUUGAUGCCUUUAAGAAAAUCGAAGAUGAGUUAAUUACUUUUGUCUGCGAAACUGCAUCAGCAACCUGUCCAAUGGUACACAAGGAUGGCAUUGAUCUUGCAGGAUUUAAGAUGAUGGAAAUGUUUGGUUUGGUUGAAAAAGAUUUUUCAUCAGUGGAAGGGGUUUCUAUGGAGCCUGGUACCUUCAAUGUGUUUCCAUGUUACCAACUCCAUAAAGAUGCCCUUGUUUCCCAGCCAACCAGGUACUUGCACCCGGAAGGAUUGCCCUCCGACUACACAAUCAGCUUUCUAUUCCGGAUUCUUCCUGACACUCCACAGGAGCCAUUUGCUCUUUGGGAGAUUUUAAAUAAAAAUUCUGACCCAUUGGUUGGGGUUAUUUUAGACAAUGGUGGGAAAACUCUAACAUAUUUCAACUAUGACCAGAGUGGGGAUUUUCAAACUGUUACUUUCGAAGGACCUGAAAUUAGGAAAAUUUUUUAUGGAAGCUUUCACAAGCUACACAUUGUUGUCAGUGAGACUUUGGUCAAAGUGGUUAUUGACUGCAAGCAAGUGGGUGAGAAGGCAAUGAAUGCAUCAGCUAAUAUCACAUCAGAUGGUGUAGAAGUACUAGGGAAAAUGGUUCGAUCAAGAGGACCAGGUGGAAACUCUGCACCGUUCCAGUUACAGAUGUUUGAUAUUGUUUGCUCCACAUCAUGGGCCAAUACAGACAAAUGCUGUGAACUUCCAGGCCUGAGGGAUGCUGAGUCUUGCCCAGACCUUCCCCAUUCCUGCUCCUGUUCUGAAACCAAUGAAGUGGCUCUGGGACCAGCGGGCCCACCAGGUGGUCCGGGACUCCGAGGACCAAAGGGCCAGCAAGGUGAACCGGGUCCAAAGGGACCAGAUGGCCCUCGGGGGGAACUUGGUCUGCCAGGACCUCAGGGUCCACCUGGACCCCAAGGACCAAGUGGUCUGUCCAUUCAAGGAAUGCCCGGAAUGCCAGGUGAAAAAGGAGAGAAAGGAGAUACCGGCCUUCCGGGUCCACAGGGUAUCCCAGGAGGCGUUGGUUCACCAGGACGUGAUGGCUCACCAGGCCAGAGGGGCCUUCCAGGAAAGGAUGGAUCCUCGGGACCUCCAGGACCACCAGGGCCAAUAGGCAUUCCUGGCGCCCCUGGAGUCCCAGGGAUCACAGGAAGCAUGGGACCACAAGGCGCCCUGGGACCACCCGGUGUCCCUGGAGCAAAGGGGGAACGAGGAGAGCGGGGUGACCUGCAGUCUCAAGCCAUGGUGAGAUCAGUGGCGCGUCAAGUAUGCGAACAGCUCAUCCAGAGUCACAUGGCCAGGUACACUGCCAUCCUCAACCAGAUUCCCAGCCACUCCUCAUCCAUCCGGACUGUCCAAGGGCCUCCUGGGGAGCCUGGGAGGCCAGGCUCACCUGGAGCCCCUGGUGAACAAGGACCCCCAGGCACACCAGGCUUCCCCGGAAAUGCAGGCGUGCCAGGGACCCCAGGAGAACGAGGUCUAACUGGUAUCAAAGGAGAAAAAGGAAAUCCAGGCGUUGGAACCCAAGGUCCAAGAGGCCCCCCUGGACCAGCAGGACCUUCAGGGGAGAGUCGGCCUGGCAGCCCUGGGCCCCCUGGCUCUCCUGGACCAAGAGGCCCACCAGGUCAUCUGGGGGUUCCUGGACCCCAAGGUCCUUCUGGCCAGCCUGGAUAUUGUGACCCCUCGUCAUGUUCUGCCUAUGGUGUGAGAGGUAAGUGUCACAAAAAGCCCCUCUUGUGGGCUUUGAUCAAUGUUUUACUAUGCUUAGUACCAAAAUGGGAAGAUAGUGCUAUGAAAAAAGUUAAAUUGGUUAUGAAUGGGAAGCAGAGCUUGAAUGCCUCACUUCCUUAAAUUAUCCUGAGACAUUUUCUAUAAAGUGCAAAUUGCUAUAGAGGCUACUCCCUUAAAAACCUUAAGAGCAAAUUCAAAAUAACAGCACAUCUAAAUCUUCCUUGCUUCCCAAUGAUGACCUACAUAGACUUGGCCUCUGACUUCAUAUUUAGCACAUUUGGAGGACAUGGUUGAACAUUCUUUUGGAGUCUCCAUUCUUAUGUGACAGCUGUGAUGUGGCCAAGACAUCCCAUAAAAUUUUACUCUUGGUUUGGGGAAAUGUCAAACUUAGAACUUCUCCCGUAAUUAAGAGGGCUCCUUAGAUUAUUUUCAAUGAAAUCAUGCAUACCACUUGCAUUUAGGUGCAUUUAAGCACCACAACACCAAGGAUAGUUGUGAUCAGAAACAAAAAUCAUGCUGUCCUUGCCUUGUCACUAGCUACUGGACUAAAAGAAUAUGCUUCCUAAAACAUCUGCAGUGUGCAUGCUGGCGUGCUGUGCAAUGGCCCCUUUUCUGACAUAGUCAUUCUUGGAAGCAUCAAGAGAGAGGCUGAGGGACUGCUGUGGGGCCAUGAACUUACUAGUUAAUGGAUUUAAAAUUUUCUGCUUCAGUAGAAAUUUAACCUUAGUUAUCACAGGAAUUGGUCAACAAAGUUUCGCUGAUGUGUUUUUCUCUGUUCAUCUUUUCCCUCCCUAUUCUCUCAAAUACUCCUAUCCUUUAUUAAGAUCUGAUCCCCUACAAUGAUUACCAGCACUGAAGUGGAAAUCCUCCACUCUGGUUAUAUUGGCCCCGGAUAUUUGGCUGUGGAUACAGAACUGUCCUGUCAACCACCACCACCAAGCCCCUGCCCCUAACAAUGGACACCCUGCUUCCCUGCUUCUUCUGCAUCGCUGCUUUCCCACUUUCAAACCUCUUGCCCACUCUGCUCCAAACAUGAUGGAGUGAUAACAUUGGAACUUAACCAAAUCAUAUAUGUCUAUUUCAAUAGACACUGACUGCUCCAUGUCAGCCUGGAUAGAGGUAUAUGAUUGUGUGCCAAGAAUUUAUCCCAGACUCCCCUGUGUGACAGCUCCGUAAUAAAGUUACUUAACUGUCCCUCUUCCUCCUUCCUCUCCCCACACAGGAUGGAUGGGCAUCUUUCUCCUUGAACACCCUACUCUCCCUACCUCCCCUGAUCACCUCCCCUCCCUGCUCUCCCUUCCUCCCCUGAUCACCUCCCCUCCCUGCUCUCCCCUGGUGAUGGACUUCUAACAUGAGAUGGAUUUUUAAAAUUUCUAUUUCUUUUAUAAUUUUGCUGAGUUUUCAGGGUUUCUUCUGUAAAUAAAACAUAUAAUAUUUAAAUGGUUGGCUAUGAUUCUAGUUUUCUAACAAUUUCUGUAAUGUAUCUUUCCCUUCGUCUGUUUACUAACUGUCUGAAACCUUAUGGGGAAGGUAAAAGGGGCGUGGUGGGUUAGGAUAUCCACUGCUUUUUACCCAGCAGGAUAUCUCUGUGUCUCUAAGGGCCCAGGUGAGGGGAGAAUAUCAAUUUAUGAUUCCUGGGUGCAGCAAGUCCCCACCCCCACUUUUGCUCUUUAGCUCCCCAUCCAGAUCAGCCAGAGUUCACCCCUGUCCAAGAUGAACUGGAAGCCAUGGAACUGUGGGGCCCUGGGGUCUGAUAGCCUCAGGAGAAAUUUGAAGACCAACUGCAAGAACUCUUAAGGAAUCUUGUUUGAGAAAAUGUUGUUAUGUGGUUUGUAUGCUACUUUUGGGGGGGAUGGGGCUCAUUUCAGCGGCCUAAAUCUCCUCCUUGGAUAAUGUUAAUAUUAUUGUUAUUAUUAACAAAAAAUAUAUAUUUUUAAAAAGUUCCCUUAAUCUAUGACAUGGUAGCAAUGAUUUCCCUUUGGUGUUUUAAUGGCAUGUCAGAUAAUUUGUUUUUCCAGAGAAGAGAGCUGAAAGAGGAAUCGGGAAAAUAAAUUGAACUCUGGAAUCUUCUCUCUCAAGUCCUAAAAUGAACAAACAGAUAUGAUUGUGUUUGAGGGAAAUAUGUCCCCAGCAGGAAAAGAAUUCAAAGAGGUUCAAAGAAUAUGUCACUUACUCCUACUUGCUGUGGGAAUAACCUUGCUGAUAAGAAAAAAAGGGACAUUAUUGGAGAAACUACCUCUUGUUUAAUUGAUCUGUCCAACUCUGAGAUCACUUGGUAACUGGUUUCAUGUGUAUCCAAAAAUCAGCAUUUGGAUUUAAGCUUUCUGAAUUUGGUAGUUUAAGAAACAGAUUUAGUUUUUCAGUGGUUUUAACUCAUGUGAAAUAAUAACUUUCCACCAGCUCUGAUGCAAAGAGAUAUAAUUUUAAUGAACGAUGUAUCCAGCAGUGUGUUCCAGGGGUUGCCUCUCCUUAUCUACAGGGAUUACUUUGUACAUGCAGAUAAGUUUUCACAAACCUAUUUCUACUUUCUUUUGUAAGCAAAUAAAACUUUAAAACAA